AUGUCCGACUCGACCAGCCAGAACAAGGGCGAAGAGCAGUCCUUCACCAUCCAGCCUCACCCCGCUACCACCAACGACCCUAGCACCGACCCUGCCCUCAACUCGGGUCUCAACGAAGGCGUCUUUGGCGGCGGCAAGCCCGGACCCGCUGUAGUAAACGCCGAGCAGCUCGAGCAGCCUCUCAGCCGAGAGGAACUCGCCAAGCGCUCCGCUGAGCUCAACAAGUGA